GCAACAUUAUUUUCUAUAUUCGAUUUUUAAAUUUCAAAAAGUUGAUAAACUUUUUAAAAGUGUAGGGGUGUCGCCGGCUGAGUCAGCGAGGAGCCAUACAGAUAAAACAUAUAAAUGGAGGCGGAAAAUGUUUCCUGCUUUUGCAAAGGCUUCCUCUAAGUAAUAUGGAAGCUACGUUACCAAAUUUUCACCGGUUGUCGACAUCAAGAUUUUACCAACAGUAUGCUGCCCCACCAGUCCGUAUAUCCACCAACUAUCUCCACGACCUGAUCCCUCAGCAGCAUCCGACUCUCCUCCAACAAUAUUUAGCCUAUUACAAUGAACCUCUCGUCCCGCUUGACCUAUCCCUUAAAUCUACUAUCCCUAUUACACCUCCUUGUACACCUCCGCCAGCGCAAAAAAGAAAAUCACCAGAUGAAACUAAACACCCAAAAUCCCCUAAAAUAUUCAGACAUUUUGAGGACAACGAUACCAAAGAGGAAACUGAUUCUAAAUCAGAGAAAAGGAAAGUUGACGACGAAAACUCAAACGACAGCGAUAGUCCGGAGGCGAAAAAGUUUAAAUUUACCAAACAAUUUUUCGAAGAACUUAAAACUUGUUUGCCGGUUGAAAACGAUACACCAACAAAAAGCGAAAGAAGUUCUCCGGAAGUUGUUGAAGUCAAAAAUGUUGAAGAACGUCCGAAAAAGUCAGGAAAACCAGCGCAACCGCUGAAAAAGAGCAAAGCGGUGCGGAGGUUGAUGUUCGACGAAGACAAGACAUCACCCGUCUCUGGAACUAUUAUAAGAGAUCUAGCCGAAGAUGAGACUUUAGUUGUCCGCAAGGGCGACAUAGACCCCGCAUUCAACGUGGUGGAGGUGACGGAGGAGGCCAAGGCGCUGAUCGCGAGCAUAGAUAACCGCCUGGGCCGGUACAUCUGCCGGCUUUGCCGACGGCUGUAUGGGGACGCGUUUGCGCUGGCGCAGCACCGAUGCUCGAGGAUCGUGCACAUCGAGUACCGGUGCCCUGAAUGUGAUAAGGUAUUCAACUGCCCAGCAAACCUAGCGUCCCACCGCCGCUGGCACAAGCCGCGCGUGCCCGGCGCUGCAAAACGCCGCGAGCCUCCGACGUCAGAACCUGGCCGGUUCCCGUGCCAACAGUGCGGGAAACUGUUCAGACGACAGGCGUAUCUCAGGAAGCAUAUGCUCGCUCAUGAACAGCCGGAGGAGAAAGAGCCGUCGGCGUUCAAGCAAGUGCGCUCCGAGUUACCGGCGGCGUAUCAACCGCAGGAAGCCCGCGACAACAACUUCAACACCUUCUGGAACAAGAUCCCAGCACCAGCGCAGGACUUCAACUGGGAGCGUCGCUGCGCUUCCUCCUGCUCAUCCGAGGACUCUCGAAGCCUGGAUGUGACGGGGUCCGAGGAUGAGAACGGCGGCGGGGACGGCUGACGACGCGUGCUGCGGCCCGUGCCGCGGUUCCCCGUCUACGCUGCGAACAUGUACCCCUACCAGUAUGUGCAUAAUAACCAGCAGAUAUACUUUUCUUAAGGACUUGAAAAAGUUGGAACAGAUGA